CUUCAUACAUCCAAGAAAAAACCAACGGCGGCUGUGGAAUCGUUCCAAUGGCGACAGCGGAGAAGCCAGUGAUGGUGAUUGGAGUCGACGACAGCGAAUACGCAACCUAUGCUCUAGAAUGGACACUUGACCACUUCUUCUCUUCAACAGUGAAUCCUCCGUUCAAGCUUGUCGUCGUCUACGCCAAACCGUUUCCCGACGUCUUUAUCGGAGUCGGCGGACCUGGAAUGAUUGUAGGAUCUGCUGGAAGUUACCAGUUUCUGAACGAUGAUUUGAAGAAGAAAGCUGCGUUGAUCAUCGCAACUGCGAGAGGAAUCUGUGAAUCCAAAUUGGUGAAUGAUGCAAAAUUCGAGGUGGAUGAAGGAGAUGCUAGGUAUGUCCUGUGUCAGGCGGUGGAUAAGCAUAGGGCUUCAAUGCUUGUGGUGGGAAGCCAUGGCUAUGGAGCUGUAAAGAGGGCGUUCUUGGGGAGUGUGAGUGACUAUUGUGCUCAUCAAGCUUCAUGUACCGUCAUGAUCGUCAAGAAGCUGAACCCCAAGGUUGAAUCAAAAGAACAAAAAUAGCUCAACUUUCCCAAUUCUCCUUGUUUUCUUCGAGUCUUUAAAUCAAGAACUAUUCUCUUUAAAUCAAGUAAUGCUGUUCUAUUAUAUUAUGUAUUAUGUAUGUAUAUUUUCCCAAUGUUGUAAACUGUCACAAUAAUAACAAAAUUUGUACG